GGGAAGAGGCUCUCCGCCCCAUUUACUCAUAGCACUAGCGAUGAUCCAAAUUCAUCUGGUCUCAAGUAUCCAGUACCAGCAACCGUUAGAAUACAUUGUGAAUAGCAGAGCAACAGGUGAAUGUGCCUUGAUACUCGAAGGACAAGGCAGAAGCAGUCAGUUUGAUUACUCCCUCAAUCUUCUUAGGGGUAAUAAUCCUCUGGGUUAUAAUGGACCUCAAACAUGUAUUACCUACGAUGCUAUAAACGCUGCAUAUUUGGACGCUCGCAAAAGAAUAAGAAUUGCCCAACCUCACGGAGAGUGGAAACCGGAAGAUGUUGCAACAGUUGGUGAACUACUUUUGGAUAUUUCUAUAAAUUUAGCCAGGACACUUUUGGGUCCUCUGUUUUCUGACGGCAUGGUAGGGCCUCGCAUAGGAAUCUCAGGAAGAGCCCUUCCUCCAUCGCGAGUGGUAUCAAGAACCAUGCAUCCAGAUGAUGGUUAUCACGAUCACGCCGGUACAGUCAUGAUCAUAGCUUGGGGACAGUUCAUGGAUCACGAUUAUACUCUGCAAGCAACACCCUUAGAUCCGAUCAACAGGAACGAUCCCGAAGAAUGCUGCGGCAGACCUCCCCACUUGAAACAUCCCUACUGUAAUGAAAUUUAUAUCCCUGAAGAUGAUCUCUUCUAUAAGUUGUUCCACGUCAAAUGUAUCGACUUCGUGAGAACCUUCCCAGGAGUACGUCCAGGUUGCAGAUUAGGUUCAAAGGUGCCGUAUAAUACUUUGACCGGAGUUAUUGAUGGAAAUACAGUUUAUGGCGUCAAGGAGUCUUUUGCAAGGAAACUACGUUCCGGAAUCGGUGGUUUAUUAAGAAUGAACCCAGCUUUCGAUCAGUACGGCCUCAAGGAUUUGCUUCCCUUGAAACUAGAUGUUCCAGAUGAGGGAUGCACAAGGCCCAACUCUUCCAUGUACUGCUUUGAAGGAGGUGAAAUCCGAGUAAACGAACAACUGGUUCUGACCUGCAUGCACACUUUGAUGGCUCGAGAACACAAUCGCUUAGCCAAGGGAUUAGCCGAAGUCAAUCCACACUGGGACGACGAAACUCUGUACCAAGAAGCAAGACGUAUCAACAUCGCCAUCAUUCAACACAUCACCUAUAACGAGUUCUUGCCAAUUUUACUAGGAAAAGGUGUUAUGGAGAAAUUUGGCCUGCUUCUUCAAAAAGAGGGUUACUGGGAUGGCUAUGAUCCAAAUGUCAACCCAGGGGUAAUCGAUGCAUUUGCUGCUGCCGCUUUCAGAUUUGGACAUUCGCUUUUGCCAACCGCUAUCGAAAGAUGGAGCAAAGCACAUAAAUUCAUCGGUAUGCAUCCUAAUGACGUUGACUUAUGGUCAGGAGGUGUUUCAGAGAAACCUUUACCAGCGAGCAUGUUGGGGCCCACAUUCGCCUGCAUAAUAGCUACACAAUUCAGCUAUUCUCGACGAGGCGACAGAUUCUGGUACGAAUUACCCAAUCAGCCGUCUUCAUUCACACCAGAACAAUUGCAAGAAGUUAGAAAAGCUCGAUUGGCAAGGAUAAUAUGUGAUAACACGGAUUUGAUAGAUACCAUUCAACUAUAUCCAAUGGUCCUACCAGAUCACGAAAUAAAUCCCCGAGUUCCUUGUCGCUCUGGAGUAAUACCGGGCAUAGAUCUGUCAAAAUGGGCAGAAUUUCCACCACACCCGAUUGAAUUUGAACAUUUUUUAAAGAAAUAAGACCACCUUAUGAUGGAAGUGAAUAGCUUUCAAGUUAAAGAUGCCAUUUAAUUAGAGUAACUGUCUCAUAGGAAUAUACAAAAGUCUGGGAAGCACAUUUUUUAUGUCUCAAUUAGUAUUGUAGAGAAUAAACGUCAGUACCAUAAACAAUGAAUCUUGUGUGCUUUCAAGACUGACUGGGAUCAUCGUUAGUUUAGGAGUAUCAAACAAAUCUCAUACGUUCAUAAAGUAUAAAUAUAUUCACACAUUUGUACAGACACACAUCUCUGAUAUAGGAAAGUCGUUCGAUAGAAAUAUUUGAAGUUGAUAUAUUUAUUUUUUCAAUAAAACUAGUUUUGUUUUCAAUAUAUUCGCCAAGUACAAGGAAAAUGAACUCGGUGUUUACCGUAGUUUACAAAUUUCAUGCCUGAAGUUUCGUUUACAAUGCGACAGACAUUACCAAAGGUGACAAGGCAACGAUUAGGUUCGGUGUUUUAGUUAUACAAAUUCAAAUCAUAAAGUCAAAGAAUAUGCAAUUAACAUAGAUGAAGUCUGACUACUCACACCUCAAUAAUACAGGAAUCAGGUCAAGACCACCUAUUGAAUAAAACCGGAACCCAUUGACCGCAUCGCCUUUAAUGAUAUCUACCGCAGUUGCAGACAAAACAUCGGGCAUGAAAACCCGCAGACCACGGCCAAUAAACCCGGAAAAUAGCUUCAACGAAGUUAUCUCCGGCAAUUCGUUGAUUAAAUAGGUUAGCCAAUACAUGCAGUCUUUUACUAUCACUACAGUAUAAUUGUUUUUGAACAUUGAUAAAUCAACAAAGUCAAAGUGAAAGUCAAAAUAUGAAUAAAUGAAUUUUGCCUGAGUGCCUUAUUUCUAAUAUUAAAUAGGUAGGUACUUUUAAAAAAAAAAUUAUCAUUUUCAGAAAAAUUAUUUUAGCGACUUGCGAAGAACAGUUAUACAUAUAAACUCAAUGUAGGAUUAGUCAGUGAAUUCAGAAAUGUAUUAUUUAUCAAACAUGAUGACCCACAAUGCAUUUUGAUUUCAAAGUUAUUCCGUUUCAGAGUUUCAGCUUUCCCGUAAAACGGAUUCUCCCAAAUAGAUCUCUUAUUCAAUACGAUAUUCACGAACGUCCAGCUAUGAUCAGUGGCGUACAUAAGGUCAUAUCCAGGAGCCCCGAUCCUUCCUUAAAAUGUUUAAAAAUAUAUUAGCAUAUCAUAGCUGCAUCACAGAAAAAAUAAAACACAAUUUGAAAUACACUC